CGGGCCAGCGGUGACCCGGCCGGCAUGGGCGCCGGCCGCAACCAGACCGGUGGCCGAUACAAGUCGUUGCCAAAGAUCAAUCCGCACGACGACGACGGCGGCGGCGGUCAUACCCAGGUGCAAGUCAGCAACUUCGAGCCCAUCCCCCACGAGCACGGCUUCUGCGAGCGCGUCGUCAUCAACGUGAGCGGACUGCGGUUCGAGACCCAGCUGAGGACGCUCAACCAGUUUCCAGACACGCUGCUCGGCGAUCCGGCCAGGAGGAUCCGCUACUUUGACCCGCUCAGGAACGAGUACUUCUUCGAUAGGAACCGAACCAGUUUCGACGCCAUCCUCUACUAUUACCAGAGUGGGGGACGCCUACGGAGGCCUGUCAAUGUGCCACUGGACGUCUUCUCCGAGGAGAUAAAGUUCUACGAGCUCGGGGAGUACGCCAUUAACAAGUUCAGGAGGCGGCAGUGA